GGAGCUUCUGCAGGAUAGCUGCAUGCAUUUAGUGUGUAGAGUUGAGAUAUAAUGUAUGAGAGGAAGUGUAGACUUUGGAACUCUGCUGUAGUUUGAAGGCUCAGUUAGCCUGUUAUCCAUGUAUACAAGACUAUGAGUAUAUGUAGUCGUCCUUUGACAGCCUCUGUUUUUGUGGUGUAACUAUGGAGGAUGGCGAGUUGGUAAUUCGGUUGCCAGGGCGAUCUGACUCCCCCGUGGGCAACAGGAGUUUCGAUGCUGGAGGUGGGUUUGGUGAGACGUUGGUGUUGCGGCACAAAGAGGUUCACCACUUCUUCUUCGUGCCCUUCAGGGAGCAGCCCAUCUAUAGCACGCGGGCCCACGUCUUCCAGAUUGACCCCAACACCAAGAAGAACUGGCUGCCCACCAGCAAGCAUGCCGUCACUGUCUCCUACUUCUACGACAGCACGCGCAACGUCUACCGAAUCAUCAGCCUGGACGGUACCAAGGCAAUAAUCAACAGCACUAUCAGUCCCAACAUGACGUUCACAAAGACCUCACAGAAGUUUGGCCAGUGGGCGGACAGUCGAGCUAACACUGUCUACGGCCUGGGAUUCUCCACUGAGCAUCAUCUAUCCAAGUUUGCAGAGAAGUUUGCGGAGUAUAAAGAAGCAGCACGGCUUGCUAAAGAGAAGAGUCAAGAAAAGAUGGAGAUGGCCACUUCCCCUUCUCAGGAGUCUCCAGCAGGUGAGCUCUCGUCACCUUUGACCCCAGUGACUCCGCCCAUGGAAAACAUCAAUGGCACAGAUGAAAUCUGUGACACGACUCCCAACUCAGACACCCGUCCAGAGCCGGCGCAGAACGCACUGGCCUUCGCACACAGCCCCGCCAUGACAAAACACUGGGAGGCUGAGCUGGAGGCACUAAAGGGGAACAAUGCCAAGCUAACUGCAGCUCUGCUGGAGUCCACAGCCAACGUCAAACAGUGGAAACAACAACUGGCUGCCUACCAGGAAGAGGCUGAAAGACUACACAAACGGGUGACGGAGCUUGAGUGCCAGAGCAACCAAACCCCAGUGAUAAAAUCUCAGAAGACUGAACUCAAUCAAACCAUAGAGGAACUGGAGACUACGUUAAGGGAUAAAGAAGAGGAAAUGGAAAAGUUGAAAGAAGAAUUGGAAAACAUGAAUGACCUGAUGGAGCAGAAAGAUACUCUUACCCAGAAACUUGAGGAGACAGAGCUACGCAGUCGGGUUCUUGAGGAGCAGCUGGCGGGUGCAGAGCAGCGGCUAGAGGAGAACCAAGAGGAACAGGAGAAUUUUAGAAAAAGCCUGCGGACGCUGCUGGAGCUGCUGGACGGCAAGAUCUUUGAGCUGACGGAGCUCAGAGACACCUUGGCUCGGCUCAUAGAGGAGGCCAGCUAGAAACGGAGCUACCUAAUCUUCACAGACAGAGCCAUAGGAUAAUUUGCACCCUAACACCCCCAACUCGACCACAUCAAUCCGAUCCACCAUGUCCCACCUUCCUCCUACACCCGGCACACAUUAAAACUGAGACACUACACUGCCCCGAUUCUGAUUUUGCUCAAAAAGGGCAGCUAAUUCCCCAUUUUCACCUUGCAGGCAUUGAGCUCCAACCAACCGCAAGCACUCCUGUAGUUCAAGACAACGCAGGGACUACCUCAUCUUGCCUUCUGAUUGGCUGGUGUAGGCGUAA